CAUAAAGCCUUAUGUUCAUUGGUACUUUGGACACAGAACUGUGCUUUGUUGAAUCAUGUGGCCACUGUUACAUGAUUCACUAAUCGCAUUAUGGUCGUUUUUGGGCUAUUUUAGGGUCAUUUUGAGCGAAUCAGGUUUUCAAAAAGCGAAUUAACCAACAAAUUAUGUUACACUGAUCAUGUCCGAAAUGUUGGUGGCUCUUAGUUGUCCCUCAUAGUUGUUAAUUUUUGUUGACUUGUCAGUUCUCAAUAUUAUAAAGUAUCCACUAGGAUGUUCAGUUAAAAUGAAGUAAAGGAAAAGACUCAUUUAUCUUCAGCAUCGUGAAUUUUUGACUAUUGGACUCUGGAAAUCUUAUUCGGCUUACGUUUAUCAGGUGCACAUGUAAUCUCACUCAGAAGAUUUUCAAGGCUCAACAAGAUCAAAGGCUUAUCCAAUUUCUGAUGAAAGUCAGUGAACACCUUACUCAUGUUAGAAGUAGCAUCCUGAUGCAACAGCCUCUUCCACCUGUUUCUCAUGCUUAUAGACUGCUUGCACAAGAGGAGAAGCACAAAGAAAUCACAAAUCAAUCAGCAUCUUCAACUGAUCAUAUGGCAUUCAAUGUUCAGAGGUCUUUUCCCCUCAAGCCAUAUUCAGCCAACAGAACCUUUAAUAGCAAUAAUCAACAGAAAUUCAAUGGUAGUUCUGGUUCUAAUCAAAAGUACAAUUCAGGCAAUUUUGACAACCAACAAAGAUAUAGCAGCAAGAGACCAAGUUCUUCCUAUUACUGCACACAUUGCAAGAUCCAUGGGCAUAGUAAUUCAAGGUGUUUCGAAUUACAUGGUUAUCCCCCUGGUUUUAAAGGCUUCAAAAACAAAAAUGUUGCUGCUUUAACUCAACAGUCCACUGAUUUACAAGAUCCUCCUGACAAUCCAAAAAAUGCCACUAUUCCCAUGGAAGAAUACAAAUAUCUUUUACAAUUAUGCACAAGCAGGAAAUACCACACACUCAGUCUACUUCAUCUGAUACUCUCCACUCAGCUCAAGCUCAAUUAGCGGUGUUUCCUUCAGGCUCAGAAGUUGAGAGAGCCAGCACUUCUUCUUGGUAGGCUGAGAGGUGGUCUUUAUCACAUUGAAGAUUCUCUCUGUUACAAGGAUUCUCACUCACCUGUUCACUCUUAUGUUUCAAGCAAAUGCUUGAAUGCUACCACGGAAGCGCAGUUGUGGCACCUCAGACUUGGUCAUCUUCCCUUCAAACAAGUAAAGUCUCUUUUUCCCCAUCAACUGAAAACGGAAGACAUCAUCUGUAAGAUUUGUCCUCUAGCUAGACAAACUAGAUUUCCUUUUGAAAAUAGUUCAAUAAAGAGUUUGAAGCCCUUUCAAUUUAUACAUGUAGACUUGUGGGGUCCUUACAAGGUAAAGAAUCAUAAUGAUUUUAAUCAGUUUGUGACUAUUGUGGAUGAUUACACUAGGCAUGUAUGGAUUACAUUGAUCAAAUAUAAGUCUGAUGUAAUUUCAGUUUUGAAGAAUUUUAUUCAUUAUGUUGAAACAUAAUUUUCCUCCACUGUUAUGUGUUUAAGAAGUGAUAAUGCUAGAGAAAUUAAGGAAGGUGAAAUGAAGCUGUUUUUACUAAAUAAAGGUAUCAUACAUCAAACAAGUUGUCUUGAGACUCUACAGCAAAAUGGAGUAGUUGAGAGAAAGCAUAGACAUUUACUCGAAACUGCAAGAGCUCUACACUUUCAAGCCAAGUUGCCAUCUAAGUUCUGGGGGGAAUCUGUGUUAUGUGCUGCACACAUAAUCAAUAGGAUGCCACUCAAAAGCAUAAACCAAAGUUCACCUUAUGAAAUAUUAUUUGGGCAAAAACCUUCCUUACAACAUCUCAAAUGCUAUGGCUGCCUCUAUUUUACCUCCACAUUGUCCAAUAACAGAACAAAGUUUGAUACAAGGGCAAGGCUAUGUGUUUUCAUUGGGUAUCCACCACAUCAGAAGGCUUACAAGGUACUUGAUCUUCUCACCAACACCAUACAUAUUUCUAGAGAUGUUGUGUUCCAUGAGCAACAUUUUCCAUUCCACCACCAUACCUCAACUUCUGAUCUUGCAUCCAUACCCUUCCAUGAUAUUUUCUUACCUCAUAUCACUUCUCAUUCAUCUAACAUACUAGAUGAUGAACCAGAUAUUUUUCAACACUCUGCUCCUAUUAUAGACAAUGAUCACCUUCCUCCAACUUCUGACUUAUUAAAUGAUUUCCCUGCAAUAACCACUGAUCCUACCACUUCAUCCUCUCAAACAAGGCGAUCUACCAGAAUACAUAAACCUCCUUCAUAUCUCAAUGAUUAUCUCUGUUCAACCAUCUCUUCUUCCAACUUCAAAUGCAAUGCAGUUGAAUAUUCUAGCCUACCUCAGCAACAUCAAGCUUUGUUAGCCCAUAGUUCACAAAUUCCUGAACCAACAUCUUUCUUGGAAGCAGCUUCUGAUCAAAAUUGGGUUCGAGCAAUGGAGCAGGAGCUACAAGCCUUGAGAGCUAAUGAGACUUGGGAAGUUGUGCCCUUACCAACACACAAGAAACCCAUUGGAUGUAAAUGGGUAUACAAGCUCAAACUCAAAUCAGAUGGCAGCAUCGAAAGGUUCAAAGCUAGGCUAGUGGCAAAGGGGUUUACACAAAAAUAUGGUAUUGACUUUGAAGAAACUUUCUCACCUGUCAUCAAAAUGCCUACCAUCAGAUGCUUACUUGCCCUAGCAGCACAGAAAAAUUGGGAUUUACAUCAAUUAGAUGUAAAUAAUGCUUUUCUUCAUGGAGACCUACAUGAAGAAGUCUACAUGAAGAUGCCAGAAGGAAUUCCAAAUCCAAAUGAAUAUGUUUGUAAGUUAAAGAAGUCCAUCUACGGAUUAAAACAAGCUUCGAGACAAUGGUUCUCUAAAUUAGUUAAGAAACUACAAACUCAAGGCUUCAUUCAAUCCAAAAAUGACUACUCUUUAUUCAUCAAAAGAGAGGGUGAUCAGUUGACUUUGGCCGCUGUUUAUGUAGAUGACAUCAUUCUUACAGGGAAUCACACACCUACUAUUUUGGCCUUAAAACAUCAUUUACACACAACAUUCAGCAUUAAAGAUUUAGGCACUCUUCAUUUCUUCUUAGGCAUGGAAAUAUGUAAGACUUUUGCUGGUAUAGUCUUAACACAACACAAAUUCACCAAGGAAUUGCUCAAGUUCAGUGGUCUUGAUCUAUCCCGAAGAACUACCACUCCUCUUCCCUCAUCUUUCAAAUUACAUCCAAACAUAGGAAGUCCUUAUUCUGAUCCAGCCUUCUACAGAUCAUUAGUUGGAAAGCUAAACUUUCUUACUCACAGCAGGCCUGACCUUACCUUUGCUGUUCAAAGCUUGAGUCAAUUCAUGCAAGAUCCCAAGGUUCCUCAUAUGCAGGCCUUACACCAUACAUUAAGAUAUGUUGCUGGGUCCAUUGGUCAAGGCAUUCUACUAAAAGCUGGUGAACGUCUUUCUCUUAUUGGGUAUUCAGAUUCAGAUUGGGCCACUUGUCCCACUACUAGAAGGUCCAUAACGGGAUAUCUUGUAUUAUUUGGAGGAUCACCAGUCUCAUGGAAAAGCAAGAAACAAUCCACCAUAUCCAAGUCUUCCUCAGAAGCAGAGUAUCGUGCCAUGGCUGCAGUUGCUUCUGAAAUUACUUGGUUAGUACGUUUACUAGAUGAGAUUGGAGUAUCAAAUUUAAAACCUGUCACUAUAUAUUGUGAUAAUCAAUCAGCUAUCAGCAUUGGCAAGAAUCCUGUGCAUCAUGAGCGUACAAAACACAUUGAAAUAGAUGCUCAUUUCACUCGAGAAAAGGUCUUUGAUGGUUUGUUACAGUUGCAAUAUCUUCCCACUUCUCAAGAAUUAGCAGAUGCAUUCACUAAGAAUCUGUCUGCAGCACAACUACAAUAUUUGAUGACCAAGCUAGGUCUAGUUCAAGCCACCAUCCCUAGCUUGAGGGGGGUAUUGGGGAUGAUAAAAACCCACCACCAGCUGUUUGAAGUUGAGGGCUGCCAACUCAUUAUUUCCACACAGUAUAUUCAUAACAUAGUAUAUGUAUAUAGUUUGUAAGACAUAUAAAGAAUAAGAUAGAAAUAGAUUAAAUAAUAUAAUAAGGCAUUUUGCCUUCUUGUAUAGCCUGCAUCCCUUCCCUGUAAUGCAUGUUCUUCUUCACUCAAGCUUACUCAUGAUACAGUUCAAUGGAUAAAUAAUAAAGCAAGUGUAGAUUCUGAUCUUCAUCAAAAAUUAUCUUGUAAAGAACAUUUUUACCAUAUCUAUAUGAAGUGCUAUUCACUAAUCAAAUUCAAUAAACGUUCUACUUGGCCAAAAGUCCAUCUUUUCCAUCUUGAGUGUCAAUUGCCCUUCUACAAACCUUUAUUUAGAUUUCCAAGUCCUGUUAUAAGGAAAUUUAUAAGUCCUGUUUUCUC